AAACAUGCUUCGGCUCAUUCGAGAGCAAGGUCCAACGUUGGCGAAGACAAGGAUCGUCGUAGUGGGGUUUCUUUUGCCACCGUUAUUGGAGAAUAAGCCAAGUAUCCAAUACGGACCUUGCUUUCAUCUACAACGACGACUAGGGUUGGUCCCCCGCAGCUUUCCGAUUCAACCCCAUCCUCUGCGUUUCACAUUCUUCCUCUUCAGAUCUCCGAUCGCUCCUCUCUUGCAGCUCAAGGUUAAGAGAUAUUUCAGACGAGAGAGGAAGGCAUGCCGGCUGUUGAGGUGCAUCAACUCGCUCAGUGCAUUACCUGCCACGCAUGGAGUCCCGAUCGAACAAUGGUUGCAUUGUGUCCGAACAAUGCUGAAGUUCACAUCUAUAAAUUUACUAUGGACAAAUGGGAGAGGGUCCAUGUUCUCUUCAAGCAUGACCAAAUUAUAUCUGGAAUAGAUUGGAGUUUGAGAUCCAACAAAAUUGUAACUGCAUCUCAUGAUAGAAAUUCAUAUGUUUGGAAUCAUGAAGGAUCUGAGUGGGUACCUACUUUAGUCAUUCUUAGAUUAAAUCGUGCGGCGCUGUGUGUUCAGUGGAGUCCUAAAGAAAACAAGUUUGCUGUUGGAAGUGGAGCUAAAACUGUUUGUAUUUGCUAUUAUGAGCCAGAGAAUAACUGGUGGGUCAGUAAGCUUAUAAGGAAAAGACAUGAUUCUUCCGUAACUAGUGUUGCUUGGCACCCUGACAAUAUAUUUCUUGCAACAACAUCUACUGAUGGGAAGUGUCGAGUCUUCUCUACGUUCAUCAAGGGUGUUGACACAAAGGAUUCAGGGACAAGCUCUUCACGUGAUCUAAAAUUUGGAGAGCAAAUUGUGCAACUUGAUCUCUCAUCUAGUUGGUCAUUUGGGGUGAAGUGGUCUCCGAGUGGUAACACCUUGGCUUAUGCAGGUCACAACUCAACGGUAUAUUUUGUAGAAGAUGUUCGCAAUUCGCCUUCGGCACAUAAUGUGGCAUACCGCAACCUGCCUCUACGUGAUCUCCUUUUUGUAUCAGAGAGAAUGGUCAUUGGUGUGGGAUUUGACUGCAACCCGAUGGUUUUUACCAAGGAUGAUACAGGGCUCUGGAGCUUUGCUAAAUUCCUAGAAGAGAGAAAAACAGCACAAUCAAAUUCAAAAUAUGGUUCACAAUUCUCUGAAGCAUUUGGAAAGCUGUAUGGGCAAUCCAGACAUGGAGCCAAUGAUGGUGUCGAUUCUUUAAGAGCUCGUGGUAUAGCUCAUGAGAAUACCAUAACUUGCAUUAUACCUUUACAAAAAGAAGGGGAUAAAAUUGUAAGGCGUUUUAGCAGCUCUGGUUUGGAUGGUAAAGUUGUAAUCUGGGAGUUAGAUUACAACACAGAUAUUCCAGAAUAAUACAAAGUUUCUUCUCAUCAGCAUUAGACUUGUUAUUGCAGCAGCAGGUACUCCAUUUUUUAAAUGCAGCCAUGCAGUGGCAUUCUUGUGAUUAGAGUUACUCUUAUUCUGAUAUGGAUGAAAAAAUUCUUCUGUUUGCAUAGUUUGUGCUUGUAAAAUUUUGUUAUUUUGAGAGGUAUUUUGAUAGAAUAUUUUUCAUCCACAUGUUCAUUAUAUGAGACAGAGAUCCUCAUCCUUAAAUGAUUUUGUUGAAACUGUAAGCUAUAUGAAUUUGCGGCAAAUGAUCCGUUGUGUUUGGAACUCACAAAA